GGCUGUCGAUCACCGCGCGGGGGGCGUGUCCUCCCGCCCGGCCGGCCAAUGGGAUGUGUGUGUGGCAGCGUCUCCAUGGUGACGGGGCUGUUCCCGGGGAGGCUGUGAUGGGUUGACAGGUGCGUGACAGUCGGAGCUCUCUGCAGGCAUGUACGGCAAAGGCAAGAGCAACAGCAGCGUCCCGUCCGACAGCCAGGCCAGGGAGAAAUUAGCACUGUACGUAUAUGAAUAUCUGCUCCAUGUAGGAGCACAGAAAUCAGCCCAGACAUUUUUAUCAGAGAUAAGAUGGGAAAAAAACAUCACACUGGGGGAGCCCCCAGGAUUUUUGCAUUCCUGGUGGUGUGUAUUUUGGGAUCUCUACUGUGCAGCUCCAGAAAGACGAGAAACAUGUGAACAUUCAAGUGAAGCAAAAGCCUUUCAUGACUAUAGUGCUGCAGCAGCUCCCAGUCCAGUGCUAGGAAACAUUCCCCCAGGAGAUGGCAUGCCAGUAGGUCCUGUACCACCGGGUUUUUUUCAGCCUUUCAUGUCCCCUCGGUACCCUGGAGGUCCAAGGCCACCUUUAAGAAUACCCAAUCAGGCACUUGGAGGUGUCCCAGGAAGCCAGCCAUUAUUGCCUAGCGGGAUGGACCCAACACGGCAGCAAGGGCAUCCAAACAUGGGUGGGCCAAUGCAGAGAAUGACUCCUCCGAGAGGAAUGGUUCCAUUAGGACCUCAGUCUGACCCUUGGUUAUCAUUGCAGAACUAUGGAGGUGCAAUGAGACCCCCACUGAAUGCUUUAGGUGGCCCGGGGAUGCCUGGAAUGAACAUGGGUCCUGGGGGUGGUAGACCUUGGCCAAACCCCACCAAUGCCAAUUCUAUACCUUAUUCUUCAGCAUCUCCUGGGAACUAUGUAGGUCCUCCAGGAGGUGGAGGGCCACCAGGAACACCUAUCAUGCCUAGCCCUGCAGAUUCAACCAACUCUGGAGACAACAUGUACACUUUAAUGAAUGCAGUGCCACCUGGACCCAACAGACCUAAUUUUCCAAUGGGGCCAGGAUCAGAUGGACCUAUGAGUGGACUGGGUGGUAUGGAUUCACAUCAUAUGAAUGGAUCAUUAGGCUCAGGAGACAUGGACAGUAUUUCCAAAAACUCUCCCAGUAAUAUGAGCAUGAGUAAUCAGCCUGGCACUCCCAGGGAUGACGGUGAGAUGGGCGGAAACUUCCUAAACCCUUUUCAGAGUGAGAGCUACUCCCCUAGCAUGACAAUGAGUGUGUGAUCCAUUAACAAGUGUCGCCAUGAAGACCACAGUGAGUUGGCCCUCUUCAGAGAGCUACUGCAGAAGAAAAUUAUUCGUCCCAGUGUACAGUUUAACAAAAGGAUCUCAGACACAAUCAGACCCACCAUUUUUUUUCUACCAUCUCCCCCGUUUUGUCAAGAAAGUGGGUCCCAAACAUGAUUGAGACAACUGUAAAGAGUGACGUAACAGAACUGCCCAAGAUGGAACUGCAAACAAUUACUUGUGUAUGUACAUGUGUGGGUUAAUGUUUAUGUGUGUGUGUGUGAUAAAGAAAUACACACAUACAUACAUAGACCUGCAGGACAUUGUAAAAUAUUAUCACGUGACAUCUUAAGUAGAAGUAGGGACUUUUAUUCCAUCUUUUUUUUUUUUCCACGUUUACAUCUUAAUUAUUAAAAUUUGCUUUCCAUCUCCCCUCCUGAACUGUCUUAUGUUGCAUAUAUCACUGCUUUAUAAGUUAUUUUUUAAGGUGAACUCAAAUGAUAAGUUCUUCUGAUUUUGUAAAUGUCUGCCAUUAUGGUUAGGAAUAAAAUUGCUUAUAAGAGCUUUCAUUAACUUGUGUUUGAUACCAGUUACCCUGUGAAUCACAAACUGUACUGUCUCAAGAAAUAGAAGAAAGCUCAUCUUAAUUUUUUGGAGAAAUUUAAUAAUUUUCACCUGAUAUGGGGAUUUUUUUUUAAUACUUUGCCUUGAAAAAAAGAAGCACUGAAGGUUAUUUUUCUUCUUUAAUUGAAGCCUAAUAUCUGCAAUAUCUAUUUUAAAUGGAAGCCUGAAUUUGAUACAAGCUUCUCAGUUUAUAUAGAAUACUAUAAGGUUACUUAAGUGAGCUCCAAUUGCUAUAGAAUUUAGCAAUAAAGUGUCAGGGCUUCUUCUGCCCUUUGAAAUGAGUUUUCUAUUUAGCAUGAUCUUCUGUAGGGGUGGUAGUUAGUGGAAAUACAGUAGAGUCCUUAUCACCAAAACCUUUCCUAACAAUUUUUCAUUAUGUUUCCCAUUUUCUGUGAUUCUCAACUGAAUUGUAACAACGCAUGGUCCCAAUUAUAAACAGUAGUUCCCAAGCCCAUUCGGAAAAUCAGGUCACCCAGCUACUUGGGUGUGUAUUUUUCACCACAUCUACCACAGUGAAUUCCCCCAGAAUUUUCCAGUAAACAGUCUGGGGGUUUUGAGCCAAAAUGAUGGAGUGAACUUUUUAUGACUACUAGCCUUGUGAGGGUCUUCUGUUUUGCCAUGAACGGAAGAGCAACAAAGGUCUGGGCCAAUUUAUAAGAAGGUCAGCUUAUUAGACCUGAUAGAUGGGGAUAGAAUGGAGAAAAGGCAUAUGGUCUUAAAGGAAAUACUUCUGGAAGCAAUCCCAUAUCUCUUCAGGCAAAGCUCUAAAACCAAGAUUAGGGUACAUUGAGUUCCUAAUGCCUUCCAGCUCCCCCAAGACAACAAAAAGUUUUCAGCUGCAUAGUGAUCAAAAGGCUGGUGAUCGGCAAUGUGGACACAAAGUGGCCGAACAAAAAAAAAAAAGCCACUUACAUAGGAGGAGCAGUUCUGAGAUGUGGUAUGUCCAUGAAGUCUUGCAAGGCAAUUUUUUUUUCAUGAACUUGUGACAGAGCAGCAUAUGUAAUGAGCCUGUUGUGAUGGUAGCUGCACAUAACAGGAUAUAUAAGGAAUACUACAAUCUCCUAACUGAUUUUUAUUUACAUAUAUUAUAUAUAUAAUAUAUGAAAAUAAAAAUGUGUUACACUUUUUACUCUCUUGCUAGGGGCAUUCAAAGAUGAAACUCUUGGAGGCUUAAAAUUAUGUUAUGUUUUGGUAGCAUUACUUUUCAGUAAUAGUAACUACUUUGUUAGUUGUAAAGAUAAACUAGUUAGUCAUUAUAUCGUUUUGUGGACUUUAUUCCCAGUGAUUAUGAAGUGUAUGUGUUCAUUUGCUUAUCUUUGGAAAAUUGUUGCUGUCUCAAAAGAUGCUAGAAGCCCCUACUACUUCAAAACCCAAAAUCAGAUGUAGACCUUUCACCGUUGUCACUAAUACCACUGGUUUCAGUGGCUAUGUCCCUAGUGCACCCCGGCUUCUCCCAGAAGCACUGCAUAGUCCAGGUGUCCUUGCAGCCCGUGUUUGACAUCUGUAUUAUCCUUGGUAGCCUUCUAAGAAGGACUUUAGAACUCUUUUUCUGCCCAGUUUCAGUCAGAUGAUAUCACUGCUACUGGACUUAAGACAGGUGGAUGUCUGGACUAUGCAUCAGGUGCCAAAGUCCAUUCACACACCAAGUCAGUGUGCCAUCAAGUGAGCUCUUGAACUGUUGGGUGCACCUGGGCUCUGUUCUGUAUCUCCAGGGGAAACCCCCAUACUGUCCACACUGAGCUGGGGCUCCUGCGGGCAAGCAUUGUGUCCGCUGACCAUGCAACAGUUGCCCAUGGGGGCAUCGCUGGGGGCUCUCUUACAGGACAGAGUAUGUGCCGCCACUGAAGCUUCACACUGUGGUAAAAUUAAGCAGAAUCAGGGCUUAGUGUUAAUCAGAGACCUUUUUUUUUUCUUUCUGUGUUUGGCAUUAUCUGCAAUAUUUUAGCUUACAGGCACCCGUUAAGGAUGAAAGUCUGACCAUUAAAUUGAACCUGCACAAAGGAACCCCUUAAAUGGAACUGCCAACAGAUACUGAAUAUCAUUAUCAAAAUACGUUCUUCUAAUUUAUAUGCAAGAGCACAACAUCCUCUCAGGCACGUUAUUUUUCUUCUGUAGUUCUAUCAAACUCCCUUCUAUACAAUCUUUCUUACUGCCAGCAUAUUUUUGUUUCCCCUUUACAUUUCUUUUCCAAAACAUUUAUGUCAUUAAACAUUGUUGCAUUGAUCCUGCAGCGUUAAUCUCAGUAGAUACAUUCCUGGCUUCAAAAUGAAUGGGACCAGGCCCUGCUUCUCAUGGCCUGUCAUUCUGUGCCCUAACACUGCAAGCUACGUGGUGUGUCCAGCACUUCUCGUACCUAUGUAGCCCCACAGACUGGUAGAAUAAAAGAUGUGCAAGCUUGCAGAAUUUUAGAUCUGGAAGAUCUGCUUGAGUGCUCACUGCAUAUCAUAUCAUAGAAUGGUUUGUGUUGGAAGGGACCUUAAAGAUCAUCUAGUUCCACCCCCCACCCCACCCCCCAUAUUGUUAGAAUUUUAAUCAGAUAGAAGGAAACCAAAUCAUUUUGCUUUCUGUAGGGAAUGCUUACAUGCAUGCAUGAGUAAAGUUACUUACACAUGCAUUGGUGCGAUCAGGUGAUAAUAAGCAUACAGAGGUUCUGCAGCUGAACCAUCAGAAAACAAUCUUACAUGCUAAAUACUCAACUUAAUUCAAAGUAUCUCUCCUUUUUUUUAAUAUGCCUAGAGCUUUUUGCUUCUUCAUUUGUUUUCUUUCUUUUCCUUAUAAAUACUUGCAGGAUUUUCAUCAUAUCCAGAGUAUUAAUGUGGAAAGAAAAACUAUUUCCAAGGAGUGACUUUUUACUCCUUUUUUACUCAUUAGGUUACUAAUGCACUAGAUACCUGUGUGUAGUGUAACUGCUGCAACAGCAUUAUUGAUAAGGUCAGAACCUGUCCAGCUGUGGCAGGAAUUUUAUUUUAAGUGGUGCAGGGUAGUUUUUCCACACUGGGUCUUUAUAUAGAUUCCUCCCUUUCAUAUAGACAUAUAUAGAUCGUGCCUCUGUCAAUGGGUCUUUCAGGCAAGGUUAAAGUAAUGCUUUUUAAAAACAGAAGUGAUGAAAUCUUAGAGUAGCAGAAGUAGUGAGUCUCUCAUACUGUGAGAACUCUGGCAAAUAUCCUGGCCUUGUAGAAAUCAGCUGAAAUUGAGAUUCACUUGUUAAUUUCAUAGUGAAACCCGUAUUUUACCUAUGAAAACCUAUGAAAAGGAGUAUUCGUACCCAGAUUUUAUCUCCAUGCCUAAGUCUUGAAUAGACAAGAAAAGGGUUUAGGGCAAGGAGGAAGCCGUAUGAGUCACGUGUAAAGCAUGUGGCCUGAUGUGCAUUAAAAAAUACCUUGAUAUUUGCAUGUACGGGUUGCAUUAUUUUCUUAAUUGCCCAAGCACGAGGAAGAACUGCAGUUGCACUCCGUGUUACCCCUCUCCACAGUGAGUUUGGUGCAUGUAAACAGUGUGGCAAUAACCUUGAGUCGAGUCUUUUGACACACCGUAUGCUGCCCAGUGACAUGAGUGUGCCUCAGCUUGACUCGGAGGCACCUGAGAGUGACGGUCCCCAGAUCAGAGGGUCAUCCGUCAGCCUGUGGCUGAGGCCACGUUUGCCAUUUUUGAUUUGGAAGCCUUCUGAUUGCAGAGCACAGAUCACCAAUACAUCAUGUAUUUAGAGACAGUAACAACUCUCAGACUUAGCAGACUUCCCCCCUUAAUACAGGAUUAAAUGCCCUGUGUCCCAAGACAUCCAGCUGUUGCUUUCCCUUGCAAUGGGAAUAUGCAAUGAGAAAUAUGUAGGCUAGUUAUUUAUUUUAAAUAAUUCAAAUUAGGAAGAGGUGAACAGCAUCUUGCUUCUUCAUGGACAGCAAUUCAUGCGUCAGAAGGACAGCUUCUUGAGCUGCCUAAAAAUCAUUUGAAUUUUUCCCUGUUCUGUGGCUAGCAAAUGAAAUACUGGAUGUAAAGAUGAUUUGGAAUUAGAUGGGUAAUUUAAUGAGGGACCAGCUGUUACAGUAUUCAGUGUUGAACAUUUUGUUCUUUUUUCCCUUUACCAGUCAAAAUGAAUUUUCAGUUGAUACAUGCUGCACUGAUUUCUAUUUCUCAGAUCAGUCAAUUAUUUUUAAGUGUUACCUUCUGUUCCUAGUCAGCUUUGAUUCUUUGUUGUUGUGGUGGUUGCUACAUGUGGACUGGAUUCUUCAAGAUUUGACCCUACACAUGUGCACUUGGAGAACGCUUAAUAGAGCUUAAUGAUGUAAAAAAGAAAAGGAUCAGUACAGGUAAAUUUGGUUUUCUUUUAUUCACUCUAAGUGGUGAUAAAAGCAUGACUUCUGUCCCAAACACGCUUGGGUUUGGCUUGACCCUAAGGAUGGGAAUCCUGGCAAAGGACACCUUCAAACAAAACCCAAAAAAACUUGCUCAUUUCUCUUCGAACUGAUCACACUAAGACCUAAUUCAGGAUUUAAUGAUACGAAACAACUAUAAAAAAUCAGUACACUCAGAAAUAAAUGAGUUAGAUUUAAAUUUUGGUCUGUGCAACUUCCUCUACUUUCCAGACAUUAUUGGCUCAGUCCUAUAUGCUGCUGCUCCUGCCAGUUGCCCUGCUGAAACUUUGAUGAAACCACUCACAUGAGUUCAUUAUUCUGGCAGCAUUUCACCCUGAUCUGGGUGAAAUAUUGAAGUUUAUCUGUGGUGUGGCAUUAUUUGGCAGGUGUAUAAACUGAGUACAUAGAGAAAAUACAGAGGAUGUGCUGAAAUUACCAAAAUGAUACUUCAACCUGAAAAACAAGAAAGAAGUCCUUAUCUAAAAUACCGCUUUGAGUGCAUGCAUGCAAAUUGUCUGCCAGUGUUGUUAUCUUAGAAACAAAUUAAAGUGACAAAUUUAGAGAAAGUAAAUGGAUCGUCUGCUCAGCACAUUAAAACUCUGAUCCUGCAAACACACUCACAUUUGUUUGAAAUUAAGCUUGCACAUAGUUAAUUUUAAACAGAUGUAAGAAUACAAGUAGUAUCCUUCAGGAAAGUGGGACUGCUAAUAUGCUAGAACCAUGCUUGAUCAUGGACAGUCUAGAAGCUCAAAUUAAGUCUUUCCUAAACAGACAUUAAAGAUUUUACCAAUGCAGGAGCAUGUUUAUAUAUCAAUAGUUUCUUAUAUACAGAAAAGAUUUGGCUUUCUUCUGUUUCUUAACUUAUUAGACCAUUGUUCGUUCACUCCUACAUGAGCUAUUUUUGUGAACUUGUCCUUCCAUCUUGUUUUCAACUGUGCAGCCAUAGUUUUCCUCAACAUAGCUAACACCUUUGGAAUUUUAGUCCAAACUUCUCUUUAGUCACUCUUCUUCAUUUAAGCUUAAAAUGUGUAAGAAAGCCUCUCAUGUAAUGGGAAAACUUGCCAUAAAAAUGUAUAAAGGUUUUCUUGGGUACAUGUUUUCACAUUUAAUAAAAAUGCAGUUUUCAGUUAUAAUUUGAAAUGGUCACUUUCUAGCCACUGUUUAAUUUCUAUGUGGAAAAGAAAUCAAGAAAACAAAUUACCUUUUUUAAUUAUUUAUUAGAGUUCAGCAUCAUAAAUAUUUGCUGAAAUUUGUGGUUUUGGGGAAAUUGGAUCAAAACAAGGUUUACUGCCUAGUUGCUGUGAAUAAUACAGCUGGACUUUAUGUUGAAAGCUCCUUCCACAUUGCCAAAAGUGGAUUGCUUAACAUCUGAUACAUAUGACUUUGUAAGAGCCUAAUUGACAAACAGUAAUUUCAUUUGUCUGUUCCAUGUUUUCACUGUAUCUCAUGGAUGAAUCAAGGUCCUCCCUAGCUGUGCAGGGUUCUGUGGUUGCGUCUUUUAAGAAGAGUAACCAAGCGACCCGGCUUCUUCACAGGGUCUGGUAAUGAAGGACUGGGUAAUAUAUCUGCCAAGUGUGCACUCAGAAACAAGGUAUUGGUACGCUACCUCGCUGUUCUCUUGAGAACUUGCACAGUUCUUCUUGCAGUUAAGCCUGGGGCUCCCUUAAGAUUUUACGAUGCCGAGACAAGAAGCUUAAUUUCGCUAAGAGAAAAUUUUGGCACUUUAGCACUAGUUUUCAUAGGGAAUCAGCACAAAACAUGGGGAUUUUGAAACAUGAUGCAUUUUCUCAAUACCCUGGGUGCACUAGGAAAUAGACCAUACAAUUUAGAAGUUUGGUCUGUUACAGAGAUAUAUACAGGUCCUCAGAUUAGGAGGGAAUUAUAACAAUAACCAUGACCAAACCUAGGUUUGUCCCUAUACAGUGAAAUCAUCAGUAUUUGCUUUUGAAGUGAAGAAUUACUGGUGUGGAACAAGUGCUCCAAUCCUUGAGGAGCCCAAUUAUCCACUGGAUGAACUGGAUAUUUGUAGGUUUUAUUUCUGUUGUUUAAUCUUCAUGUUUUCUUCUCUGUUGUUUGGAUUUUCCCAUUAAAUGUACCAUGCCAGAUCUUUGCACAAAAAUAAGAAGAAUUUACUUUGUAAACAUAUGGAGAGUCAUUCACAUCUGUAAACAGAGCUCUGCUAUAGAGAAUUUAUUUCAUUAGAGGCAUUGAGCAUAACAACAAAUAAGGAGUGGCAGUGCAAUAUCCUGAGAGCUCUUACUGCUGGAGAUUAAGAAGGUUAGCAUCUCACAGAUUCAUGAUUUCUAACCAUGUCAUAAAACAGCUCGAAACAAAAGCUGGUGUUUGCCAUGCAGAUUGGAAGAAGGUAAAAUCCACACAGAGGAUGUUUCAUUGAGGUAGAAAUUUACUAAAGCAAUAAUUUACUAGGAGAGUUUGAAAAGCAUGUUACUGGUAACAAGCUUGUUAGCAGCGGAACUGGUAGCUAGGAUUCAGUAGCUGCUCUCUUUUAACGCAGAGGCACGUCCUGCAGCAGAGAGGUUGGGUUUCUUGAUCUACGCAGGUUGUGGACAAGGGACUGUGAUACCCACGGGCCACACCUUUUGUUACAGAUGGUGCAGGUGCCCUUCCAGUGGAUGUCAAAAGUCCAUCUCUAGCAGGAGCACAGGGCGUGUCCAACAGUUUAGGGGGAAAGAAAAGCAGUACUUGCUAAAUUGUUGUCUGUAAACAUGAUGUUCAAAAGCAGGUAUAAGCUGUUCCCCACUCUGUUUUCAUCUUUUUGACUAACUCCUAGUUUUGAUUUGAUUUACAUUUACAUUAAUGGUUAAGGAAGAGAAUACAAGUUCCUAAACUUGGACUGAAGUACAGACAUGGAAGAGUGGCAUGAGUAAAGUGGAAGUUGGAGCUUUCUGUUAGCUGCCAAUCAAGGAAAUUUUUGCUGGAUUUUUUUAAGGAUAAAAAGGGUCCAUACAAUAAACUUUUUUAGGCUUGUAGUGGCUAUUUGGUAAGUGUAAAUCACAGUGCUGUAUAUGCUUAGAGACCAAUUCUGAGGACUGUUUUUUUGUUUUUUUUGUGGCAGGUAUCCCCUUGCAAAAAUGUUGCAGUGCGUCUGUUUUGUGCCUGUUUGCCUAAAACCACAAAACAAACACAGUUCUUUAAUGGAUUGCUAUACAUGCAGCUGGCAGACACUUGUUUCUGGUGGGAAGAGGAGGAAGUUUUGAUAGCUGGUGGGUUAGCAUAUUUAUGUGAAUUAUGUAAAGCAUUGGUAAACUAUUGUCAACUUUGUUCACAUUGCACAAGAUACUCUGUGUAGUCUACUGCUGGCAUUAUAACCUCAGUAAUCCAUGCAUAUGCUGUAAAUUCCUGUAGGUUUUGUGUAAGAAACCUUGUCACCAUUGCUUACUACUGUAAAUUCUUGUUUUGAAGCAAGAGGUGGCUUUUGAUUGUACAGCCAUGUGUGUUCUAUACUGCAACAGUACUUGUUCUGUCCUCAAAACUUGCUGUUUACAUAUAGUUAAAGCUUUGUUAAGCACGCUUAGUGGUUUCAGAAUUUAUUUCAAACAGCAGAUAUAGAAGCCAUUUACAGGAAUAUUAAAUGUAAGAGAAUUCGACCCAGUUCAUACCCUUUCUGAGAGCUUGGGGUUGGAUUUUAGCAGACAACAGGCAGCUGCAGGUUAGCACAUUUUGUGGCUCCGUGCUGGGUAUGCAGUGUAUGCUUUCCAGCUGCAGGUGCCUGCAAGCCUGAGGGAUCAGUCCCUGUGCAGGGAACAGGAGGGAAAGUCUCUCCUCUUGCUGUCCCCUGACAAUGACAGGCUGCGAGACCUCAGCAGACCACUCCAGAAGGAUGACUGCCAGCCUGCAGGCUUCCUUGCACUAAGUGAGCAAAGACACACUAGCUUUUCCUCUGGUGUCUCUUUUUUCACCCCUAAAACUGCAUCAGUGCCAGGACAGAAACCCAUCUCUAAGGGUAUGCAGGGAGUAAAGCACUGCCUCCGUAUUGUGGCCUUGCCCCCGGCUGCCACAGGCUUUAUAUGAGGCAAUGUCUUAAGGAGAAUUUAAUUCUUUGUCUGUUUAUCAAGAUAGAAAAAUAAUCUGAAUUCUUUUUUUAGUAUUUUGUGAUAUACCACAAAGACCUGAAAAUGCGUGUGCGUGUUCUUUGCCUGUUUCUGACAUCAGAAAUUCAAGUCCUGUCUGGACUGAAAGACAAUGAUGGGAAAUGUGAAAAAGCUGGGAAAGUUGAAGGGGAUUCUUACUUGGAUUAUUGUAAAUUCUGUGUUUUUAUUGAUAGUUCAAAUGACUAGGUUAAUCUUUUGAAUAAAGGCAGUCUUUGUUAGUGACUUUGCACCUUCACCCUUUAAUGUAAGACUUUGAGUACUUGCAAUAAAUGUUCCUCACACUUCCAAGCCAAUCUGUAGAUAAAUUCCCUGUAUUUCUAAGGUCAAAGAAUGUUUGUACAGAUUACUUCAGCCCUUUAUAGAGAACAACAGGGCAAUUGCAAUUCCAUAAUCCCAAGUAUUUGCAGGUUACAUUUAAACCAUUAGGCAGGUAUAUUUUAGACAAAGAAUGACUUUCAACAUCAUAAAUGAAACUAAUGUCCAAAGCCCUGUCUCUGGAAGUUAAGAAAACCUCAGUAAUUUUCCAAACCAGCAAGAAUUAAAUUUGUCAAUACAAAUAUUAAUGUAGAAAAUACAUUCAAAACUUAAUACUGCCUCUGACCUUAAGCAUUAAUAUUGGUGAUAUUGGGGAUCUCACAGAUUUUGUGUAUUUCAGAACAGCUGUAUUUCUUCUCAGCCUGUUCUUCAUUUUCAUUAUCUACAGCUACCACCAAGAGCCAAUCCAUACCGUACUGAAAGAGUUCCAAAGCAUGGAGUUACAAAAUUCCCCCAGCAUCAUAAAUAGGCAGACAUGUGUUCUGUUAGGAUGAGUCACCACUCCAGCUGCAAACUUCUCUGGACCUUGUGUGUAAUUUCUAAAAGCAGUUUCAGGGAUGGUUUCAGAAGGGCAGUGGUCUGUAUGUUGAUGAGAGGUCCAACACGCUGCCUGACAGUGACCUCUUCCCAAAUGGUAUUGGGUCUUGCUUUGGGGGGAUCACAACUAUGCCAGCUGCAGCCCUUGGAAGGAUCUGUACCACAGAUGUCAGACCUGCCCCUGAAGGCUUCCCUUCUUUCAAACUCCUUUUUGAAAUAUACAGCUGUUUUCCGCAGCCGGUGAAGUGCUGAGAGGUGUGGUGGUGUUAGCUCUGUCGCACCAAAAUACAACCCUGUGUGCAUUUGUGUAUCGAGAAAGCCUCCCCUCAGGGAGUGCUUCUGACAGCCAGUACGCCACAGCUCUGGGAACCUGGUGUUUGGAGAAGCUGCCUCGUAGAAGGACCCAGCAAGGGAAACCAGGUCAUAAAAUCUGGCCUCACUGUUUUCUCUUUAAAGUUCCUUCAAGACUGGGGAGCUGCCUGGAACGUGUGGGUCACUAACCCCCAAAGCACAGCUGGGUUGGUGCCUCAGACAAGGCUGUCACAGGCUGUGCAUUGUAACGGGAGGGCUGUACCAGUACUGUACCAGGCCUCUUUCUGCUCCGCACUGUGGCCUGAUUCAUCCUACCCUAAUUUUAGCUGCCUAAAAAUUACCAGCCAAGGUCUCUUCCUUGUCAGAGGAGGGACAGAAGGCAGAUGCCUCUGGAAGACUGUAUUAUGGCAUUAACUGCCCUUUCCACUGAUGAAUCCUGCAUGCUUUUAAAGGCCUACAAUUAGGUGGAAUGAAUCCAGUCGUUUAUUUUAGUUUCACAUGCCUGUACACAGAAAUGUAUUCAUUUGAGCCUGGUUUGGGUAAGAAUAAUACAUCUCCUAAGAACCUGAAUCUGAGUGGCUUCCAGAUGAGGUUCAGAAUCCUUCAAUCUCAAACACAAGAUGUCUGCCCCAUAGUUGCUAUUUUCUUUGUCUUUACUUUCAGUGUAACUUGAAGUAGCUUGUUUAAACAUCUCUAGAAGGUUUACGUCUGCCAAGAAAUAAAUCCUCACCUUUAUUUUCCUAAGUGGGCACUCUCUCUCACUCCUCGCCUGCACUGAUUCAUUCACUGAAAGCAACACAUGGAAGAAACCAUUGCAGAGAUGAAUCAACACCAGCAAUAGCAUAUGCUGCUUUUAAAUUCAGCUGUUGGGUUGUAACUAAGAUACUAAUGUUCAUACUUUCUAGGGAUGGCUAAAGAUUCCUUUCCCGAGAGCUUUCAGGAAUAAAUCUAGGAGCUCCUAAUUUAGGAUUGAGAAUACAGAUAGUAAUGGCAGUUUAUGGGUUGGUUUUUGGCUUUGUUUGUAAACUUGCAGUAAAUGCGUAUGAUUUCACAUGCUGGUUUGGAGAUGAGGAAAGUGUCCGGUUUUCAGAUAGACCAAGACCAGAUCUUUGCAGACAGCAAAUGACUGUGAAUUAGCAAAGCCCAUUUAUAGCUGGAUCCACCUCAGGCUUGUACCAUACACCUGCCUUAUUCUAGUUCAACUUGAUAUCUUCCUCCAUUAACUGCCAAUACAAAAGAGUAACAGCAGAUGUACAGUCCUGUUGGCGAGCUGAGAAACAGCUGAAGUUUAAAAAAUGCAAAUGUUGUAACUUUUCACCUUCAUGAAGUGUCCGCAUUCUCACAGCUGAGCCUGAAACAGUAAUUGCCUCUGAAGUUGCCGUGUAACUUCACAACACAAAAGUAGGGUAAUUUUUUGUGAGUUUAAAGGGAGCAGUACUGAUACAUUUGCUUUAUUUUCCGAGUUGUGAGUCAUUCAGUGUUGACAAUAAUUUGCAUCUUGUGUAGCUAUGAAUAGAAAAAUUGAGAAUAGUUUUUUAUGAUGUGCUAGUACAAUCCCUGCUCUGCUGUUCAAUAUUUUGAGUGCCGAAUUUAACCAAAAUGUUACCUUCACACAUUGUCUUUGCCUCAUUUCUGCAUGAAAAUGGGUGUGAAUGUCCAGUUACUGUUCGUGGGUUCCCAGUGAGUUCUGGGCCACAGGGAAAACAGUUGCAGCGAGAAAGUUUGCUGUGGCAGCCACUUACUGACAACUUCUCAGAUGCAUAAAGCCAUUCUGUCUGUUGUCUGACACUCAUCCAGUUUUCUCGGUGGAUCACCGUGUUCUUGGAUGUCUUGAGAUGGGUACUGUCAGCCAAUGGAGGAGAGCUGGACAAGCUCACCACCCAGGAAGGGUAGAAAUAUAGCAAGUAAUGAGCUGUCUUCUCCAGGAGUCAUUUAUUUUUAGUGCUUAACUUUCAAUUAACGUUUGUAUCUUCAGUUAUUAUUUUACCAUUUGGUAUCUUGAGUGGUAUGAAGAAAAAUAUAUGACUAUAUAUAAUUUACAAGAAAUAUAGGCUUGUAUUGUGCCUUUGUAAUUCUCUUCAGCUUCAGUAUCUAUAAGCUACAAGCAGACAAACUUCUUCCCUCUUGUGGGAUGUUCUUUACUACAUAGUAGCUGAUGGCUUUAUUAAUACUGGCUAUUUGAGUCUUCUGGGGCUAAUGUUUUAUGUUUUCCCAGGUGAAAAUGCCAUAGUAUUCUCACCAGACAUAAGCACAAUGACAUAUCGCUGCAGUGCAUGCUGUCUCUUAGCUUCUCUCUACACGUGCUUGCAUGUUGGAAAUGUAGAUAGGCUGCUGUAUAAAUUGCUACAUUGAUUACACAAUACAGGUGUUUUUCUGCAUCCCUUUUUUUGCUUGAAACUCCCGUUAACUUGGAAGUUAACAAUGGCUUGAAAGGGGGUUUUGGAAGCACAAAGGAUGCAGGGAGCAACUUUUCAGUAGUUUACAGGCUGCUGUAAAUUCAAGUUUUCUCAGCAAAGAAAUGUAGCAUUUUAGCAGUAACUUCCUAGUGAAAACACUGAGCGUGCUUAUCACUUAAGAUUUAAGGAAAAAGUGUCAGACUGUGUAAUUGUAUCUCAUCUGAUUUUGACACUUAACCAGUAAUAUUCAGUGAGGUAUGAACCUGUUUUAUCUGUGUGUUCAUGAUGUACCAACCAACACAGAACUGAAAGGUGAACAGCCAUGUUUUAGUAUCAUAGCUACACAAGAAAUCGCAGUUUCCAAGAGGUUCUGUUUUGAUUUUGUUUCUUUAUCUCGAAUACAUUUUCACGACAGAAGUAUUUUUCUAUGUAGUUACCUGAGGCUUCCUUUCACCAACCAAAAGAGUCUGUAGCCUUCUGCACUGUGAAAGGCAAGCCCUGUGGAGAAACGCGGGCUUUGCACUUGCCCAGCAAAUCAGCAGAAAUUUCAUCCAAGCCAUAAAAGCCUCUUACGUUAAUCUGUGUUUAUGUAAUUAAAGCAAUUAGGGAUAGGAGCUUCAGGAAUAACAAGGUCUCUCUAUCCUCCAUUUUACUCUCUCUCUGUACUUCAUAGGGGUUUAAGAGUUCUGUUUUCAAGGCUCAGCUGUAUUUCUUUAAACCAGUGCAGUCUAAGCAUCAUGUGAGAUUCAGUUUAUGGAGACAGCAUUGGAGCGCGGAAGAUGUAGUUUUGGUAGCAAAGAGUAAUGCAUGUCCCUGUGGACAUGGACAUUUGCAAACAAAUCUGAUACCGAGAAUAAAAAAAAUCAAGAUGGUACCAGUACAUCAGACUCUGUACUACAGUGGGUUUAGCUUUUGUCAAUUGUAUUUUAUUUUGCAGGAGAGGAGUUGGGGAAGCUCAGAUCACAUGGGGGAUUUUAGAAGUAUAUCACUCAACAAUCAUUUUAUAAAGUCUAACUUCAAAAUGCACUAUGAUUUAUUACAAAAAUAUAUUUUCUUCUGUGUGCCGACAUGGUUGUUCCAUUUUGUGAUAAGUUAAACUCAGCAAUUAAUUUGUUGCACUGCCUAGCUGCAUGAAUUCAUCCAGUGUACAUAUGUACCUGUGCAGCAUUACUUUGGGUUUUGUAUUUGAAUUUGCAGUAUUGAUUAUUAUUUUUGUAUUUUACUUUGCCUCUGUUAUUGGAAUUGUAGUAAACAUAAUUUAUACAUAUGAUUUUACAACUGUUUUGCAACUGAAAAGUCUUCUUUAAAUUGUAAAGUUUUAUUGAUGGAUACUCAUUAAAAUGGUAUAAGAAUUAUA